AUGAAAGGAUUCUUAUUUCUCUUAUUUCUAUCGAUAAAUGAAAUUAAUAUUUCACAACAAAUUGUAACGGCAGCAAUAUUAUCCAAUUUAAAUCAAAAUGAUUCUCUUGAAGAGGUUGUUGAUACAAAUUCAUCAAGAUUAUUAUCUGAAAAUAAAGAAACAGAUAUAACUCCAAUCGAACUAGUAUUUGAUAAUAAAUAUUCAGACCAAAUCGCAGAAGAAUCAAAUAUAAGUACAGAAGUAUUUCAUUCUGGUCCACAAUAUGAAGUUAAUUGGUCAUUCAUUGACAAAGAAACAGUAUGUGCUAAUUUUUCUCUAUUUCUAUUUUCAAAUUCUUCAAAUACAACAAAUUCAUUUAAAAAUACAAAUCAAAUUAAAAUCAAUAAUACAUAUCCUCAUAUGGUUUCAAUACCACAACGUUCAAAUCAUUCGAUUUAUUCGUUAAAAUAUUUUCUUUUUAUUAUUCGACAUUAUAAACAAAAAAAAGUCACAGAAAAACAACUUUACAUGGAACAAUUAACUCUUAAAAAUUCAUCAGUUGGAAUUAAUGAUCAUUUUUCAAAUACAUUACUAUUAAUUCGAUUGAAUGCAAAAGAAAAAUAUUCCGUAUGUAUAUAUUAUUACCAAGUUAAUAGUUCAACACAAAUGCCAGAUUUAUUUAUCUGUCAAGAUAUUAUACAUGAUCAUGUACAUUCAACACAUGGUCUUCUAUUUGUCUUAACACAAUAUUCAAUUAUUCUUGGUUUACUUAUUGUUUUACAAGGUUUAUAUUCAAUGAGAAAACGUCGUUUAGCUCAUAUUGUUCAUCAACAUUUACUUAAUAAAACACAACGAAUUCGUUCUACACUUUCAUCAGUUAGUCUUAUUCGUCAUUCAUUUUCUUCUAUGGAUGGAGCAACUGAACACAAACAUACAAUGAAUGGUCAUAUAGAAAAUAAACUUCAUAAAAGAAUUAUAUCAUCACCAGCUAUUGUUCUUAGUGAUCCAUCAGUACCAUUACAUAAUAAUUCCGAUGAAAAUGAACCAUUUCUUAAAUUAACAUCAAGUAAAAAUCAUGUACAUUUUUUACUUGGCCUAGACGAAGGAUCUGAUGAUAAUGAUAGUGGAGAUAUACAAAUUGAUUCAACAGUCAAUCAGCAAGUACCAUCCAUACAAACUGAACCUUAUAGUGAUCAACCGGAUGCAUUAUUAUAUAUGGCUCAUAUUCUCGAUACAAAUAAACCAUGGUGUAAACAUAGCCAUUCUACAAUGCCAGUAUAA